AUGCCAGAACCUAAUUUUAGGUCGGUCUUCCAAUUGGAGAAUUCUAGCCUAGUUUAUCAAGGAUUUGAAGGAGGAGCAGGCAGUGAAGGAUUGGGGACUAGCAAGAUGAGGAAGCGACAAGUGGUGGUAAGGAGAUCAGAAGAACCUUCAAGAAGUUCAACGAUUUCUUCUUCCACUGUUAGGAAUGUUAAAUAUGGAGAGUGCCAAAAGAAUCAUGCUGCCAGUGUUGGAGGUUAUGCUGUUGACGGGUGCAGAGAGUUUAUGGCUAGUGGUGAGGAAGGCACAGCUGCUGCACUCACUUGUGCCGCUUGCGGCUGCCAUAGGAAUUUCCACAGAAGGGAAGUGGAGACAGAGGUGGUAUGUGAUUGUUCUUCCCCUUCUUCAAAUGUUUCAGUAGUUUUUAGGGUUGAUGGACAUCAUCGGUAG